GAGACGUUUCUUCUCCUCGCGCUGGUUCACAUUUCGACACAAGCGUCGAAGCAGGAGGGUCGGAGGUAACGACACUACCGCUGAGUGGGGAGAAGCGGCUGGAAACGCGAAGCGGUUGGUGGUGAACCCGUGUGCUUCCACUCGGACUCAUGCUCACUCCGGACGGUCACCCGGCCUCCCGCCCGCUCGGGGGUUGCCGGGGGACGGCUAGCGGGAGCGGACGCACCGGCUACGGGGGCGGGCUGGCUAGCUACAGCGGCUAACGACGGAGCUUCCGCGGCGCGGAGCCGCGCUUCUAGCUCACUAAGCCUCGCCUCCAAUUCAUCAAAUAUACUACACUUCUUACAUGUACCAUUAUCCGUAAGGGAGGCAGAGGAAUAGCUAAACAUGUGACACACCGAGCAAGAAAGAUCACCGCUCAGGGGGCCAGGUUGAUUGGCGACGUUAAAUUGCCCGUAGGUGUGUGAAUGGCGACCAGUCCAGGAUGUAUUUGUAUUAGAACAGAUUUAGUCGUAGUUUUUAUUUUUUAAGAUCGUUUUAGUCUCGUCUUAGUCAUGAAAAAAAGGUUUAUUAGCGAAAAAAUUGUCCUCACAGUAGAAGCUCCACUGCCCUUGUUAGCGCUCUACUUCGGUUUGUAAUCGAAGUGCUUUCACAUAUAAGUCGACGCGAUGAACACUGAUACUCAACACGCGCGUCUGUUCUUGGCGGAGCGACACACAAGCUCCACUGCCCUCGUUCGCGCACUACUUUGUCCUCCGCACCGAGUGGAUGAUGUUCGUGAUGCUUUGUUUUUUUCUGUUGGCGCAUUCCGCCACAGGAGACCAACAACUCGUUUGUCUGGAGUCAAUCCGGGCUUCCGAAGGUGAAGACGUCACUCUCCGAUGUCACUCGCAUCCCAAACUCCACUUGGACGAGCAGACUGUGGAAGUGAGGAGAGACGACCUCCCCGGGAGGGACAACAUCGUCCACCUCUAUCGGGACAGAAAGGAUGAUUUUGAGAACCAGAUGACUCGGUACAGAGACAGAACCCGUCUGGACCCUGAAGACCUGACCUCAGGAAAGGUCACGCUGAGGAUCUGCUCGGUAAACGAGUCGGACUCUGGACACUACGUGGUCUUUAUCCCAAAGCUGGACAUCUGGUGUGUCAUUAACGUCACCAUCAAAGCUAAAGACCCAAAGAACCAGACGAAGAGUCGUGAUCCUACAAAUGUCCCUCCAACGUCGGAUGAUCUUGGUGCUGAGAAGAAGACGGAUGUCCGGAUCAUUGUUGGUUCGGCUCCUGUUGUCCUCGUUGUCCUCGGUGUCCUCGGUGUCCUCGUUGUUGUUCUUGUGAUGAAAUACAAGGUGGUUGACAUUUGGAGGAACUUCAGAGGAAGGAGGCCAAACAACGAUGAACCGGUAACCGCGGUGACGGGGCCGAGGGAGCUGGGACAAGACGCUCUCGCAGCCGAAGAAGCUUCCAUCGAGUUGAUGGUAGUCAACAACAACAACAACAACAACAACAACCACCAAUCCGGAAAAUCCUCCGAGGUUUAUUAAUGAUGAUUGUAUUCCUCUGUUUGAUUAGAAAAACUAAAUUCUCUCACUUUGUCUUCCAAUGUCCCCAAACUAUAAUAUCUCCUGGAGGGAGAUCUCCACAAACGAGGGGGACAAAGUCGUGGAGGAAAAUACGGGACAAAUGUGUCCUUGAUGAAAAGCAGCAGUGUGGAUGCACGGGGCAAUAAAGUCUCUGAUAAAUAAAUAAAGCAACCAACGACUUCCACACACAAAGACGUGACUCUCCAGGUCGUCUUCAACAAAACACGUCAGAUCCAAAGAGAAACAGUCGAGUUAAACUAAGUAACUUGAUAUGAGUUGAGACCAACACCGUAGCUUUAAAGGUGGACUCUAAACAUAAGAUCUGUCCCGUGAAGCUGUGCUUUACCAAAUCUAAGCUCCCUUUUUUAUUUUUGUAUAGUUUUAAAAUAUAUUAACCUUUUUAAGCUCAUAAGUAACCAGUUAAGAUGAAUGUGAUCGUGUCCCCUUUUUAUUUACGUGUGAUGUUUUUUUCCCCCACUUUUAUUUAUCUUUUUACUUCUACCUGUAUUUGUUGUGUCUCUGUUGGAAGUUAAUAAACUGUUGUACUUUAA